UCGCAGUCGCCGCAGUCUUUCGUUACGUGUUACUUGUUUUAUUUUCCGUACAUUAUUGCAAACCUAGGUAAUAUUUCAAACCGGACCUCUUUCAAGUUGUUCGCGUUCAGUUUGUGAUUCAUUUGGUGCUAGGUGCCCUUAUAACACCGCCACUUUUCAUUCAAAAGACUUAUUCCUUUCUUCAUCUUCGACCAAUGGAAGUAGGCUUGCAGAGUGGCUACGUGGCCAACGGUGGUGGACCGUCCUCUCCAGCGGCCGGCAUUCUGGCAGUCAGCGAUGUCCAGAGGACGAGUAGGUCGCCUGCCAAGACGGGUCUCCACGUCAAUUUCAAGGACAAGGGCGAGAUCAAGGAAAAGCGGGAGAAGUUCCUCACGGCAAAGUACGGCCAUCAUCAGAUGAGUCUGAUCAGGAAAAGGCUGGCGGUGGAGAUGUGGCUGUACGAGGAACUGAAGAAGUUAUUCGAUACAAAUAAAAAAAGUGAAGAGAACGGUGUAAAUAAUGAAGAGGUCGAAGUAGAUAUAGAUGAACUUCUCGACAUGGACAGUGACGACCAGAGGCGGAAACAUUUACAGAACCUGCUGGCAGACGCCAAAAGUCCCCAAAGAGAGAAGUUCAUCAACGACCUGCUGGAGAAAGCAAAAACGCUCUAAAACUGGAAGUGAAGUGCCAAAAUGAAAAUAAAAUAACAAGGUCCCGCUGGAUAGUAAAACUGUUAUUAGUGGGACAUGCUAUAAGCGCAUCGUUCGACGCUUAAACUGGAAUAUUCCGCAUUCCCGUUCAACAUGUUGUAAAAACACCUACGAACUCACUGCACAAGUUAUUGUUACAUCGAUAAGACUGGCAAAAUAGUUUUGGUCUUGCCUUGCUUGCCUAGGGAAGACAUUUUACUGUCUAUAGUUAAAGAUAGUAGAUGUGAAACAAGACAGAACAUCAAAAGUCAACUUCUUUAUGAAUACAUACAUACGAAAAUGUUUCUUUUUAGCAUUAAUUUCAAAUGCUUUAUCGUUUUUUUACUUGAAAAUACUGCUAAACAUAAAGCCGCGUCCAAGCUACUCGAACAAAACGUGUAUAUACUCGUAGCAGCAGGUCAUAAACGACGGCACAGCCCAUCGCAUCGGUCCCGAGGACUGAGGUGCGGGGAAGAAUGCGACAACAGGAAGUUUGCUCUAUAGAUCUAGGAUGCGUUUAGGUAGUCGCUGUUUUUUCGAGUGCCCGGAUUUCGAGUGCAAGCAUUUUAUUAAAUAAAUUAACCGGUAAACAGUUUAAGAACUUUUGUCGUUGAAGAAUCAAUAUUUAGCAGGCGGAGGGUUACAGGUUUUUUUUCGUAGAUUAUUCGUUAUAGUGUAUUUUUAAGACCUGUAGUCAUUUUCAGCCGAUUCUACCAGGUGUUUCUCAAAAGGGGCUCACUUUUUUACUUUUUUAUUUUUUCAGAUAAUACAACAAAAUUU